CGGAGCGGGGUGCUGGGGCCGCGGCUGGAGGAUGGGGGCGGCCGGCGGCGCGGGCUGCUGAGCGGCGCGGAGCCACCCUGCCGCCUCCCCCCCCGCUUCCCCGCCCGGCCAGCGCCGCGCUCCCCGCCAGCAUGAACCGCCUCGGCCCCGGCCCCGUGGGCAGCGCCACCGCCGCCUCCGCCGCCGGCCAGUACCGGGUGUGCGGCAAUUGCCGGAAGGUGCCGAGACAGGAAAAAAGAGUACAAGUCUCCCCACCAUUGACAAGAGGACCAAGUGCCUUUAUACCAGAGAACGAAGUUAUGCAAGCAAAUGGUUUGGAUGAACGUACUAAUCUUCUUGUGGAAGAAUACUCUACGUCUGGUCGCCUGGACAACAUCACACAGGUCAUGAGUAUCCAUACUCAGUACCUGGAGUCUUUCCUCCGCAGCCAGUUCUAUAUGCUGCGCAUGGAUGGGCCCCUUCCUUUGCCCUAUAGGCACUACAUUGCUAUAAUGGCUGCUGCCAGACAUCAGUGUUCCUACCUAAUAAAUAUGCACGUUGAUGAGUUUUUGAAGACUGGUGGGAUUGCAGAGUGGUUGAAUGGUUUAGAAUACAUUCCCCAAAGACUGAAGAAUCUGAACGAAAUAAACAAACUCCUUGCACACCGGCCCUGGCUAAUCACGAAAGAGCACAUUCAGAAACUUGUCAAGACUGGGGAAAAUAAUUGGUCUCUUCCUGAACUGGUGCAUGCUGUUGUCCUGUUGGCACAUUAUCAUGCCUUGGCAAGUUUUGUAUUUGGUAGUGGCAUUAAUCCAGAGAGAGAUCCGGAUACAUCUAAUGGAGUCAGACUUAUAGCAGUCAACAACUUCUGUGUCUGUGAUCUUGCCAAUGACAACAACAUAGAAAAUGCAUCCCUCACAAGUAGCAACUUUGGGAAUGUCAUGGUGUUUUUGCAGAUUGCAGAUUCUUUAAGUGAGCUGGAGGCCUUAAUGGAAAGGAUGAAGAGGCUACAAGAAGAUAAAGAGGACGAAGAAGCUUCUCAGGAAGAAAUGGCAACUCGCUUUGAAAAGGAGAAGAAGGAGAGUCUGCUAGUAAUUAGUGGAGCAUUUGAUGAUGAAAUAGUUUCUACAGAUGUCUCCCGCUAUAUUGAAGAUCCUGGGUUUGGGUACAAAGACUUUGCAAGGCGAGGAGAAGACCAUCUGCCAACAUUCAGGGCUCAGGACUAUACUUGGGAAAAUCAUGGUUUUUCCCUUGUAAACAGGCUUUAUUCUGAUAUUGGGCAUCUCCUCGAUGAGAAGUUUCGGAUGGUAUAUAACCUCACAUAUAACACUAUGGCAACACAUGAAGAUGUUGAUACAACUACGCUAAGAAGAGCUUUAUUUAACUAUGUCCACUGUAUGUAUGGAAUCAGGUAUGAUGACUAUGAUUAUGGAGAAGUUAAUCAGUUACUUGAACGCAGCCUGAAGGUUUACAUAAAGACAGUGACCUGCUACCCAGAGAGAACUACCAAGCGCAUGUACGAUAGUUACUGGCGUCAGUUCAAGCACUCGGAGAAGGUUCAUGUCAAUCUACUUCUAAUGGAAGCUCGUAUGCAAGCUGAACUUCUGUAUGCCCUUCGUGCCAUAACUCGUCACUUAACCUGAAGCAUUCGCUGGGCAGGAGUAAAGGAGUUUUUACUGAGUAUGUAAAGACCUUUUGAAAUAGAUACACACCAGAAGCUGUUUGUGAUGUAGCAUCAGGUUAUUCAAUUCUCUAGUGUCAAAGUUUAGCCGUGCUUCUUGGCGGCUGUAAUGUGCAAUGACGUGUUUUAUUUUCUUGAUGCUUAACAUUACUAAUGAUAACAAAAGUAACACUGAGGAGCACUACUCUGCAUUGUUUCCGGCUGGAUUUCUGCACAGUGGUCAGGAUCCUGAAACUGUUUUUAUUAUAUCCAAUCCUAGCGCUUUGUUCUUUAAGCACUGGAGUGAAGUGCUUAGAGACUUCUUUUUCCAAGCAAUCAUUUUUCAGAUUAGUGGAGUCCAGCAGAAGAUUGGUUCUGCCUGUCCUGAGAACGUACCACCAUGUCAUGACUCGUGACAGACACGCAGGCUGCGUUGCAUUGAAUUGCCCACUGGAUUCUUCUGUGUCUCCUGGAGACUGCCAGUCACUGUCUUACUACAGCAAUUGAAGGUGAUGCGAGAUGUGGAUGCAAACAUUGAGCACACUUUAAUGUGAAAUUAAUCAUGAUAAAUCCUACAGCAUGCUACUGAAGCGCGAAAUUCAUCUGCUUUGUCGUGCCCCUUCCCAAGAGAAGAGGCCUCACGAUUUGCCAUUUCAGCCACACUUAACUGUGUUUCAAUCAUGCAUAAUCUUGUUUUACUGACAGUCACCCUCAGUUGUCCUUACAAUAUCCAUGCUCAUCACAUGUUGCAAUUUGUUUAGUUGGCACCUAUAAAGUUAAAACACAGGCUGACCAAAAAUAGGGUUGUGGGUUUUUUUGCACUCUCUUCUUUCUCAAUGUUUUAACUAAGGAAAGUAAAGGAAGGCUAGCAUAUCUGUUCUUUCAUAUUGGAUGUGUAGAAAUUUAUUUCCCAUAACUUUUUCAUAGCAUGAAAUUUUAAUAUUCAAAGUUUAAAAAGUUUCUAUGCAUUAGUGUGAGUGAACAAAAGAAAAGUGCAAUAUUUAAAAAGAAAGCAAGCUUUUUUCCCUAUCAUGCCACUGCUAAAGUGUCCUUCUUAUAUAGCCAUAAAGAAAUUUUAAAACCAAAUUUCUUUAUUGUCUAAGGCCUAGCAGUUUUGUUUUAGCUUUUACGGCUUAAGACAACCUGAUACUGAGAUGCCAAAGCAUCCCCAAAACAAAGCAUUCUUGGACAACCAGUAAUAUUGGGGAAGGGAAGAAAUAAGCUGCCAAAAAUGUCACAAUUUUGUGCUGUUUUCUGUUGCUUGUGGCUAAUUUUUAAGAGCACAAAAUGUUGAUAUUUAUAGCUUUAUUUUGUAUUGCAUUUAAUGAACCAGUGAAGUGCCUAAAGAGAUGCUUAAACUUACCCAGUAGGAUGCAAGUUGUCACUGCUUCAACUUUUGUCUGUUGGUUUGGACUUUUCAUAUUUCUUUGAGGAGGGUGACCUUUAUUUCUGUUGCAUACAUUCAAAACUAACUGGAUAGGUUUAUGUUUAAUAUUCCAUUGGAUUGUAGAAGUUAAUACAGGAUUUUCUUCCACUGGUGAUAGCAGAAUAGUUUAAAAAAUACUAUCAUAUUUUAACACUUUUCAUUGACAAAAUCAUGGACCAGUACGCUACUAAAGUUAGUUUUCUCUUUUCUUCCCUUUUCCUGAUACCUUGCUGUGACUUCGCAUGUUGGUUUUUUCGCUUUAUCUAUCUGUUCCAGAUUGGAAAGCUAAAUGAUUGUACACUUUUCUGCACUUUCAGACUGCAGACUCUGCAUGUGAAAACCUUUUGAGGAAGAAAUCAGUAAUUUUUUUUUUUUUAAUGUAACGUUGGCUAUUUAGAAAACUACCCAAUAGACAGCAUCAGACUCUUUUCUAGAGAGAGCAUUGGGUAAAAUACCAGAUUUAUUUGUCUUGUAUAGCUAACUGCAAAGAUUUCUCGGAAGUAUUGGGAUGCUCAUAUGUGUGAACUUAGAUUAACUUUCUAAGUUGUUAUGAUCCUUUUUCCUCCCUCUUGUGACUGUAGUGGCCAUACCUAAUGGCUUUUGUGCAUAAAACAGUUCUGCUGAGAGAAGAUUUCAUGCAAUACUUUUGCUUUUUUCACGUGAGAGGAACUGUACAGUACUACUUUAAAUUCCUUUGCUUUGAAAAGUCAAGUAGUUCUCAAGAAGCACAGUUGAGCUCUGGAAAGGAGGUGAAACUAGAUUUGGGUAACUAAUAUGACGGCUUAGUUUCCCUUCAGAAAUGCAAAUACUCUUAGAGUAGGUUGAGUUUUAUGUUUGGAAACAUGAGUGCCUUUACUUCUUUCCUUAUGAGAUAUACUUGCCAGCUCAAAUGCCUUCUGAGCAAAGUACAUGAGCAGAUUUGAAAUAUAGAAACCAUAAAUGGAUUGCUUCAUAAAAUUUGUAGUAAACCAGUGAUUUCUUCUUUUUUUUUUUUUUUUUUUUUAAUUUAAGGUGCCAUAUCAAGUCACAUAUGGCCUGCAAGACAUUCCACUGUAGGAAAUGUCAUUGUACAACUAGUUUGCUAUUUCUCUUUUUUUUAAUAUUAAAUGCAAACUUGAAACUUCUGGAAAUGUUUUCCAUGUGGCAUUUUUUGGCAUUUUUUUUUUCAAAGUAUUGCAUUUACAGUGUAACAAUUUAUAGCCUAGUUUUUAUACUCAAAUUUAUGAUUUUUAAUAGAUGUUUGUUCAGAAUAGGUGUUUAAAGUCAGACAACUCUACCAUACACUUUACGCACGCUUUAGGCUCACACUGUGCCAAAUUUUAAUGUGCAAGUGUUCGUAGAUUUUUUGCAUUUUUAAAGCACUCAUGAAUGUGAAUCUUCACACUUUGUUCAUUAAUAUUAUUCUUAAGAGUACCAUAAUCAUUGGAAGUGUAAAUACUCUCCCUCUGUGUUCCUUUAUUGGAAUUGAUAUUUACCAGCAUUAAUGUUAGUACACAAAAUCCCAGCUGUGACCAACAUAAAAACAAAGUGUACAGUCUCCUAGAUCUACUGAAGAGAAAGCUUGGUAGGUACAAAUGAACCAGUUAGCACAGGGAAUGCUGUAAGUAGGAAACAGAGCUUUUGGGCAUGGACAGUUUCUUAUCAUUGCAGAAUUGCUUCAAAAUGUGUGUUGCGAUAGAGUACAUUCUUGCUGAAAUUGCUCCAUAUUUUUUUCUGUGUAAUGAAGAGGACUGAAAAAGGUGCUAGUUGGAGAGAGCAUUUGCAUUUCCCAGAACAUCCUGCCUGCAGCCGAACAUCACAAGAGUGCCAUCAUACAGGAACAGGAACCAUUUUAAACUAGGGUACAGUUUGUGCAGAUAGCUACUAAAGCUAGUGUUGUGGUAUCCUAUGAGAAUCUUGGUGAGCUGUAGAUGGAUUUAUUUUCAUCAAGACUCAACCGAAACAUACGUUCUUUGCCCUAAAUCUUUCAUUAAAAUGAAAAGGAUGUACUUUCAGCUUUAAGAGUUAAAGAAUUACCAUCAGCUCUUCCUAUGUGUUAAAAAAACUUUUAAGGACAGGAAAAUCAGUGAUUGUAAACAAUUAUAAACGUAGGCCUCUCUAAAUUUAGAACAGAUCAGAACAAAAAGGAAAACAUUUUGCUUCUCUGUUACUUGAGUGCAGAAGGUCAAAGCACCAGAUUCUUCAAAAGUAUUUUUGUUCAUAGUGAUGCUGAUAGGUGUUUCCAUGGGAUUUGGAAAAAGCAGCUAGUUGCCUGAAUUUCAGUGGGAAUUUAAGCACCUAGGCACUUAGCAAAAUCCUGCAAGGUGCCCACUUGUAUUUUUGAGUCAGAUUUUUAAAGAUACUUAGUCACCUAAAUUCAAUAGAAUAAAAUCAGUUUCCAUAGAGAUUAAAGGAGUUAUGUGUAGCAGAUCCAUGUGAUUUGCAGCGAUUGUUAUUGAAAUGGGUUGUUUUGGGUACUUAAAAUAGGCUUAGAGAAAUCUUUCCCAAAGCAGUUAAACUGUAAGCUGCUGCUCUUGCAGAACAGGUUCUUGAUGUUUCUCAUGUGUGUGUGUUUUCCAUGAACAUAGGCAUGCAUUUCAGGCUCAUGUUCCAGAGUUUGGACUCCCUUUUAGAAGAGCUGGAUUAUUUAACCUCUACUUGCAGAAAAGAUACAUUGGUGGUAGCAAGUGGAUAGCUUGUGCCCAGACUAAAAAGUUUUGGCCACAAAGAAAUACUCCAAAUCUUCUUGAUUUCAAGUGAUGUUCUUUCAGUUACUUUCCUUAGAGGUUUAGAUCCUUCUCCCAUAAAUAAGGGGUGAUGUUGCACAAAACGGAGGGAGAAGGGAGUGGAUUCAUUGUACAUGAACUUGCCCAGAGCUGAUCUGAAUAUAAAGCUGUAAGAAUCGGUUUGCUGUUAGUGAUCAUUCCAAGAGAUGCAUCCACCAGCUUUUCCACAUUUGGGGAUUUUAAAUGAAAGUUUUUAUCUCCAAAUGAAAAUGAAUUUAGCAUUUCAUACCUACUGCACAGAUCACAGGUGUGGGAGAUGGAGAGAGCACAGUAGUAUGAGGAAACUUUAGGACCGUCUUGAUCAGUGUUAAUUUAUCCCUUAGAGCACAUUUCCUGGCAUGCGGUAAUGCUGCUGCUCCCCCAGCACACAUCACAUCUCUCUUGCAGACAUUUAAUCCUUCUGCUGCUCACCAGGGGCAAAAACUGUCAUUUUCCAACGUGCCACCACCACCACCCUCCAUCAAGUGCUUCCUAUCUUCCCAGCUCACAACCCCUAGCAGUCAUGCAGGGACAACCUCCUAGCCUUAACCUUGUAAAACAAUGCUAGGUUCCUGUAUCACUGUUUGCUGUUGAGUUCAGAGGGUCUUUCUCGUGUUCAGAAACACUUAAUUGCCAUAUUGGGUUAUUUCUGGGCAGGAAAAUUCUAAAUCUGCUUUGAAAGGAUAACACUCCGUACUUGCUUACACCAUUUAGGUAUCAUUUGCCAGUAGCGUGUCAGAUUCCAUCUCUGGAGUUACAGUAAUAAUCCAGUGGAUCCACUAAGGAAACGCUUUCUUUGGCAAAACUCCCCGUGCUUGAGCUGUUCAGCCGUGCAGGUUUCUUUGAGGGAUAUCUAAUAGGGGAUUUGAGGUCCUGUUGUGCCAGGCAAGCUUACAGGGCCGUUGAGUCAGCAGCUCCUCGGGUGCCCUGCAGCCGGGCAGACUGCGGCCAACAUGUGCAACAAGUAGAUUUGGGUUUUUUCCUUAUCAACAGGAUAAAACGAAAUGCAUGCAGUGGAGUGGCUGCUGGAGGCAUAGGCAGGGUUGGGUGUUCCUACGGGUACGGAGUGUCAUCAGGGCUCGUGGAAAACAGAAAUCUGAAUUCUGCUCUUGUUCCCAACAGUAGUUAGAGGUGGUAUUGAAGAUGCCAAUUAAUACACUAAUUGUGGGGAGCAAGCCACGCUGUCAGUGUCAGAAGGUACAGACCACCGGCGCUCUCGAGGGGACAUAACCAGCACAGGAGGAGGUGACAUGUUGGUCAGUUAAAGAAACUUAACCGAUGUGUCUGAGACAUUCUUGUGUAUGUCUGGGUGUAGGGGAGAUGGUGGGAGGUGCCUCCUCCCGAGGUGUCCAGAGGGCUUCUGUAGGACGAGAGCUGGGCCCUUCCCUUACUCCACGGACAGAGCAGGGGAAGGGAACCAUUCACUUCUGCCGGAGAAAAACGUGCCGCUGUUGAACUGCAUUUUCUUGCCCCCAUCAGCCCUUUGAAGGGAGUUUUCAGACAAAAUGGGUGAAUCACCAAGCAUUGUGUCUCCAGCUGAGGGCUCUGGGGGACAGCGGCAGCAGCAGGUCCAAACAUGCACGGAGACACGCACGGUCCAAAACUGUUUCUCAUUCCCCACUUCAUGCUCAUGUCGUGCCACCAGACCCAAACCUCUUCCCUCCAGCCCAGCUGCCACAUGCCCAGGUGGCUGCAGGAGCAGCCCGCUCGGGGUGGUGGGAGAUGCGGCUGCUUUUAGGGGGAAAAUAAUAAUAAUUAGGCUACAGCCCUUGGACUCUGCAAGGCGAUGCAGUCAGAAAUCUUUUCAUGACUGUGACCGGAACUGGAUAUAAACUGUAGCUUAAUAAAAUAGGAAUUUUGUAAACUUGAAAUCUCUCGGUUUUACCCUUUUCUCCUUUUGCUGGAAAGCCACACGAUGAAUGUAUAUGCUUUAUCUUUCUAUCUGACAUAACUGAAAAUUAGACUGCCAACUCCUUGUUUUGUAUUAGCCUUUUUUUUUAAAAAGAAAAGUUUGUGAGCAAUAUAUGUAGCAUGCUGUGAACGUCUGUUUUGAUCUUUAUAGUUACUCUUUAAUCCAUCAGUAUUAACACCAGUUCUUUUUUGUGUUCCCCUUGGUACUUCGUAUGCAGUGUAAGCAGAAGCUGUGAUUGGCUUUGCAGUCCUGUGCCGUGUUACUGUAACUCCUUGAUUUUUUUAGGAAGCACCUGACUGUGGGCCACCCUGGGGCAGGCAGCGUGCCCAUACACGACUGCCACUUUUCGGUCUCUUGUACUAUGUAUAGUUUUAAGUAGAAUAAGCUUUUUAACAGAAUAUUGAUGCGGUUUAUGAGUCACGCAGGCUGCAAGUGUCUGGUGUGUGAGAGUCUUUGUAUUUAUAGUUGUUGGGGUUUGGUUUUUUGUUUUGUUGGUUUUUUUUAAUUCAUAAAGUAGCAAACUUGAUAAACAUAGCCACUUUAAACUGCUCUUGCUAAACAGACCCUGCUGUAGAUAAAAUACCACUGUAGAUACAGGGAGAUGUGCCGGCAGACCUCUCUCGACCAUGGGUGAGCUGAGCCCCUCUCUGCGAAAACCACGGUCCGAGCCGCACGGCCGCCCUGCGUUUGGCUGCAUUUGGACCCAAACGCCAGGAAGGCUGGGGUCUGGCGUGUGUUUCAGCCCCCCGUGCCCAUAAGCCUGCCGCUGGCUGCCCGCCACGGUCUGCUCACUGGCGCACGGGGGCGGAACGUGAGCCUUGCUGGCGUGGCAGGGAUGGACAGACCAGCCGCCGGACCAAAAACGCGGGCACGGUGUUUCUGCAGCCGAAAAGCUUCCAAGCCUCUCUGGAGUGCAAAAAUUGGCCCUUGAUUUGCUGUCUGCAGAGCCCAGCAUGUUGGGGUAAGAAGCAGCAUUGGCUCCCCGUUGGCGGCUGUGGGUCUGAGCCCCCUUGCCCGCAGGCUGGGGCGGCGGGCAGGGCAGGGCAGCGCUGUGCCCCGGGGAGCGGUGUUUCACUGCAUCUCCCACCUCUCGCCCUCUGGACGGGGGGUACGUUGUACCAGCCCCAGCCCGGCAGCUGUCAGCUUCUUGCCUUCUCCUGCCACGGCCGCGCGGAUGUUUCGGGAUGGAGGAUUAAAGACGAAGCUCUGACCCUGCUGCUCCCUCCCACCACCACGAAGCAGGGAAGCGUGGUAGCUCUGUGGGUCCCACGGUCCCUGCAGCAUCCCGCGGGCGGGUGGGGUGGCACGUCACCUGUCCUGCUCCCCGGGCCACCGCCUGCCCUGAGCUCCGGAGGUACGCCACGGGCUCCGUGCUUUCGCAGGAGGUUUGCCUGCGGGGUGAGGCAGCUGCUGGGAGCUCAUUGUGGGUUUCCACAGCAGCUUUUAUCAUUCAUUUUUUUCUGUUGUUGCUGGUUGGGGGUUUUUUCAUUGGUUUGGUUUUUUUGGUUUUUUUUGCAGAGGACAGACUGACCUAGUGGGAUGGAUUUUUUUUUUUGUGUGUGUGACUUUUGUUAGUUUUUAAGUUACCCAACUUGAAUUUAUCUGAACAGAUGCAGAAGGAACUUUUUUUUUUUUGUGAGUUAAGAGACAAAAACGCAUUUUUAAACAAAGGAAUCAUGUAUUAACAUUUUAACAGCAAUUCAUAAAUCUGCACUUUUUAUGAGGUUUUGAAAAAUCUAUUUAUAGGUACGGAACAAUGGGGUUUGUUUAAAACUGUAUCGCAUUUAUACUUGCUGAAAUUACUUUCAUUGUUAUCAGUAGGAAUUUCAUUGGUUAAAUAAAAUGGAUAAAACCUG